AUGGACAACUUGGCAAUAUGUACAUAUGCAUGCAAGGGUUUAGAGGCUGCUGUGAAGGAAGUGUUUCCUUUGGCAGAAUAUAGGGAGUGUUUCAGGCAUCUGAUGGAAAAUAUGAAGAAAAACUUCCAUGGCAGUGUGUAUGCAAAGCAUAUGUGGCCAACAGCCACGGCUUACUUGCCAGAUAAACACAAGUACCUUCUUGCAAAAGUGACCACUCCUUCACCAAAUGUUGAGAAGUGGUUGGAGGAGCAUCAUCAUCUGAAGUGGACCAAAAGCAAAUUCUCACCAAAAAUUAAGUGUGACUACAUCAACAAUAACUUGGUAGAGAGUUGGAAUGCAUGGAUCAAGGAAUAUAAGGACUUGCCUAUAGAUGUUCUUGCAGAUGCUGUUAGGGAGAAAACAGUCAUCAUGUUUGAGAAAAGGAGAAGAGUGUCAAUGGCCCUGAAUGGUCUCAUACUACCAGCAGUUAUCCAUCAACUGAAUGCAGCCUCAAAGGGUUUAGGAAAUCUGAAGGUGACAGAGGUGACAAAAAUAUACAAAGAUGAAGAGAUCAAAAGACAUGUUGUGUACCUUAAACAGCACCACUGCACUUGCAGGGAGUGGCAAUUUAAUGGAAAACCUUGUCCACAUGCCUUGGCAGUCAUCACCACUGAAAGGAGGAUGAAUAUGGAACAAUAUGUAGACCUAGCAUACUCUGUGCAGAGAUUUCAAGCUGCUUAUGUUGGAUUGGUCCCUAACAUAAAGACAAGAGUCAAUUAUGGAUGGAAGAGGACCAAGAAGACAAAAGCCAAAGUGGGCAGGAAGAAGACAAAAACUGAUGAAGCAGCACCAUCACUAGCUAAUACACCAAGAACCAGAGCUGCAGUAGCUGAAGCUCAAACAUCAAUUAGAGAAGCUGAACCAUCUAAUAGUCCUGUACCAACCACAAGAAGGAGAUUGGCAUUGGCUACUCCACCAACACCAAUGGUCGAGGCUCCACCAGCUCUGGAGGUGGUACCAACAAAUAAUCAAGUAAAAAAAUUGACACCUAGGAAGAAGUUGGCAACUAAGAUCAAGAAGGCUAGUCCAGUCAAGAAGUAG